CACCGCUGCUCCUCGCACGCAGCUCGGUGAUGCACCCACCAACGGCUGAGGGCUGUGAGGCUGUGAGCUGUGCUGCCUUAUACGUGAUACUCACAGCUUCCCAAAGCUUCUGAUUUCUUGCGUGUCUUAAUGCGUUUAAAGUGAGGAAGACUCCGAUCUUUGUUGGAGUAGGGAGAUCAGUUUGUCAGGGGUUGUCGAGAAAGAGCAAACAUGGCUCCACUACAAAUACUCUUCUGAUGUUAAUGCGGAUAGCAGGAUUGUUUCUGUAUUCCACUGUUUUUACACAAAAAUGAGGUGUGAGAAGAAAAGAAAAAGAGAUUAAAAAGGGGAAAGCAGCAAAUCUGAGUUGUUGUUCUCUGAGGAGCUGGAUGUGGGAUUUUUUGAAAUUGGUAAAAAAAAUCCUUGAUAUCUGAUAUUUAGCAUGUGAAAUGUUCAAGGUUUUGUGUGAGGUCUUGUCAUGAAAUACUGUGAGUUACACUCUAAGAUAAGUGAAGUGGGGGAGUGCUUUCUCCCAGUUGCUUUGAAAGUUGCUUGUAUAUGCCAUGAAUGAUUGUGGUAGGAUAGAAAAACGUUUUGUGAGCUGGUUAGCAGAUCAGAAGUGGAGAUGCUCUCAGUGUUCGCUUGAGUGUAGUACAGCCUUUUGGUUUAAUGAGGUGCGGCACUCGAGGAGCUGUAUGUAUUCUAUUCAGCUGCUGAGCUGUGUAAUCGCACUUAGUGGUUCUCAAGACAAAUGAGUUUAGCUUCCAGGAUCAUAUGUAAUAGCUGCUGUCAGUUUCGCAUGGAGGCAUUCCAUCAGAAGGGCUCUUUAAGCAUAUGGAGCUAAUCUUUGCUUUUACUGUGUCAGUUCUUUAUUUUCCACCAUGCAGCGCUUUCACUGAACCAUUCUUGAAAAGCAAAUCUUCCUUGAUGAUCUGAGGCUUACAGUAAGCCGAACAGGUAUUACUUUGUGGGACUUUGUAUCUUACUUUUGUGAGUUGCACGGAGACCUCUCUCAGACCAGUUGUAAUGCUGCCCAUAAGGUCGCUUAGUAGAAAUGUUUACGGAGCAACUCUGACAGCAACGUCACUCAGUAAAACUGAAAGCAGGAUUUACAGGAGCAUUUCUGCGUGAGAAAUUACUGUGGGCUCACUUCAGGAAGUCUAUCCUAUUUCUCAACCUCAAAGUGCUCAGGGUUUUCAAAAAGAGCCAGGGAUGAGCAGCAGCCACAGAAUAUGAAACUGCUGUUGUGUGACAAGGGAGUGGUUCUCCAUAUUCUUUUUCCAGCACAGCAGUGCUGACUGAGCUGGACAGCUGGCUCAGCACUCGCUACUUUGCGUGGCUUUUCUGUGCAGCAGCAGAGUCCAUGUCAUGCCUGCAUUGCACACCAGCAGAUGUUGCAUGGAAAUCUUUUCUCCCAAAAUGUGAGAUGUGGUGCUCCUCAGCCAGCUGAGUCAGUGAGGGGGCCUGAGCUGGAAUUACCUACAUUCAGACUUCAGCUUGAAAACUGUUGCGAAGAAAUAUAGGUUAUAUCCCUUGAGAACUGAUUGUUCUUCAGUCACCUUCCUAGAAUUCUUCUCAAGGAUGGCAAGAAUUGAAACUAGUUGGAAAUGACAAUCAAGAAGUGUGACAGCAAGGGGUCACAGGCUGCCCAGCACGCAGGGCAGUACAGUGAUGGUGGCUCUGCACAGUGAACCGACAGCACCCUGCUGAGCCUGCUGUGGGCACUGCCACCUUCUCCCUUAACCCUUCUGCUGUGAAGCUGGUGUAUGUGAUCUGCAUCUCCGUAUCAGGUCUGUUGCCUCAUGUUAGUGUAAUGAUACUGCUACUGUCUCUCAACUGUAGCAGGAACUUUCCACCUUUGUACCUCAGUACAGUGACUCAUUGUGUGCUGGAGAAGUUACGGGCUUAGUGGUUGACUAAAGGUAAUUUAGUGCAGAAAAACAUGCUAGAACUGUGGGUAAUAACUCUGAGAUAGAUGAAUUUUCUGUAUCUGAAUGUGCACCUGUUCCUCCUGCAGUAGUUUGCAUUCAGUUGUGUUCAUGCUGUUAAUUGAAGGACUGGAGAAGGAAAAGGGGAAAUAGAACACAUGAUAUGUGCUGCUGAUGAGCUGACUAAAUAUAAAGUCAACAGUAACAGGAAAGUAAUCAACCAGCUCACUGCAGACAUUGCUGAUGUCAGGAGAAAAGUAUAUUUUGCCCUCUGACACUUAAGUCUGCGCUUGCUUAAUGUUAUUCAUGUGUUCCUUUGUUUGUUUUUGGAGAUAAAAACCAGUAAUGUAGGAGGCUCUUGGUGCUGCUUUCUUCCAAAAGGUCAGUUUUAUUGGUGGAUAGAGGACGAUGGCAGGCAAUAACCAGCUUUGCAUUCGACGUUGGACUACCAAGAAUGUGGCCAAGUGGCUGAAGGAAGAAGGCUUCUGUGAAUACGUGGAUAUUUUGUGCAACAGACACAGACUAGAUGGAAUUACGUUGCUGACACUCACAGAGUAUGAUUUACGGUCUCCUCCAUUGGAAAUCAAAAUCCUGGGGGAUAUCAAAAGGCUGAUGCUGUCCAUACGGAAGCUACAGAAGCAACAUAUUGAUGUCCUAGAAGAGCUGGGAUACAACAGUGAUAGUCACAUUGGUGCUGUGUGCGCUACUGUGGGCUCACUGCAGGGUACAGAUUGGUUUUGCAAUGGUGAGGUACCUCGGGACUAUGAUGGACCAGUUACUGACUUGAACGGUGAUCAGUAUCAAUAUGCAAAUGGAAAAAACAAACAUUCGACAAGAAGACUGGACCCAGAGUACUGGAAGACAGUUCUAAGUUGUGUUUAUGUCUUCAUAGUGUUUGGCUUUACAUCAUUUGUUAUGGUUAUAGUACAUGAGCGAGUACCUGACAUGCAGACGUAUCCACCUCUACCAGACAUAUUUCUAGAUAGUGUCCCGAGGAUACCAUGGGCAUUUGCUAUGACUGAAGUAUGUGGUGUAAUUCUUUGCUACAUUUGGCUGUUGGUUCUUCUGCUUCACAAACACAGGUCUAUACUUCUGCGAAGGCUGUGCAGCCUUAUGGGGACAGUAUUCUUGCUACGUUGUGUUACAAUGUUUGUUACCUCACUCUCUGUGCCAGGCCAGCACUUGCAAUGUACUGGAAAGUUGUAUGGCAAUGUUUGGGCAAAACUCCAGCGGGCAUUUGCAAUAUGGAGUGGCUUUGGAAUGACUCUUACUGGAGUACAUACAUGUGGAGAUUAUAUGUUCAGUGGCCACACUGUUGUUCUGACCAUGCUCAACUUCUUUGUCACCGAAUAUACGCCAAGGAGCUGGAACUUCUUGCACACCUUGUCUUGGGUCCUCAACCUCUUUGGAAUAUUCUUCAUUUUGGCUGCACAUGAACAUUACUCUAUAGAUGUCUUCAUUGCCUUUUACAUCACUACAAGACUCUUUUUGUAUUACCACACAUUGGCUAAUACUAGAGCAUAUCAACAGAGUAGAAGAGCAAGGAUCUGGUUUCCAAUGUUUUCUUUUUUUGAAUGCAACGUUAAUGGUACUGUUCCCAAUGAGUACUGCUGGCCAUUUUCAAAACCUACAAUAAUGAAAAGACUGAUUGGCUGAAGAGCAUGUGGGUCAAUUCAGAUUUUUAUAAAGUGUUAUGGCUAAGACCCUGCAAGGCUAUCUGAAGGGGUUAUAAAGCAAUGUUUUUUCAUUCUGUGGCCAACGCCUCCUUGUCUUGUUUCUUAGAUUUUUAGCCAUAGAAUGGGGUUGUCACAAUUCACAGGAAUGUGUUUUGUUGUUGCUUUAAGAGAAAACAGUGCAGGGUCUGGUAGAGAGGCAGUCAGCGAAUGGUGAAUAAGAACCAGAAUACUGUUACCCUUAGUAAGGUUCUGUGUGAAUGUUUAAGUAACUUUAACCUCAGAUGUGUGCUUGUGCUGAAUAUGAUAUACCCUUUACAGGCUCGGUUAAUCUCCAUUCUCUGACAUGCCAUCCUUCCUGUAUACUGACUAAAAAUUUAGAACUUUAUGAUGACUUUCUCUUAAAAACAGUCAUAAAUUUAAUUAUUAAAACAAACGUGUGUGCUUAAAGAUUGAGGAGUACUGUGUCAUAAUGAGGAAAGCAAUAUAGUUCAUGCUAAAAUGGUCUCUUAACUUUGUUAUUUGAUAACAAGUCUUAAUGUGUAACUGACAGUAUAAAUGGUCUGCGUACAGAUUGCCAAAAAUGAAAGUCUGCCUUGUGGCUAUGAUGUUUUUGUUUUGUUUUGUUUUUUAAUGAGAGCUUACUUAGUCUAGUCUAUCAGUCAUCUGUAUGGUUGUUCUAGCACUGGCAAGUCUUCCCUUUGGUUUUAAAUAAAUGAGUUAAAGUAAAUGUUACAGACACUAAAAGCAAAGUUAAUUUAGCUUUAGCGUGUUUAAAGCCACAGCAUAACUUUUCUGUGUGGUUUUAAUUGCUUUUUAUACUCAGACCAGUGCAUGCUUUUUAGGAGCAGCUCUUUAACAUUGGAAGAACAGAACAAUUUCGCAUAUCUUACUGUCCCAUAAAUGGAUGGGGAAAAUGCAUGUAGUAACUGUUUCAAGAGGAGUAAUAAUAGUGAAUUUAGGAAGUAGUGUUCAUAUUGAUGUGCUUUGUAGCAUUCUGGUGUCAACAACAUGGCAGAUAUCUCGGGAUAUACAAACACCAUACAUUUUAUAUAUAUAUAUAUAAAGACAUACACUGUAUAUGUUCUUCUAACAAAUAUGAAAGAGACUAGUUAUUAAUUAAGUUGCUCAUUUGCUACUCUGAAAGAUAGAAGUACCAUAAGCAGUUGAGUUUGGGUUGUUAAAAAAUAGCACACUCCGUAAUGUGAAAGCAAGGAUUACAUAGUGAUCUCUUAUUCAGUGGUUUGUGAGUGGACAACACUAACGUUGACAACACUGACGUUGACUGUAGAGGCUUGAAACACAUUUAUUCUCAAUGAAAACUGAUUGAUAGGUAAAAGGUGCAAGCCAUAAAAAUGAUGGAGCCAUUUUAAUCUGUUGUAGGUGGCAUGUCAUGGCUUAAGUCAGACUUGGAAAGUAGCAUGGAUUAGUUCUGGCUUAGUUCAAGCUGUCUUGAUGACCAUUAUGUCUGCAUAGAGAAGAAAUUUUGGAAUUUUGCACUUCUCUGCUGUGUAUUUCUUUCACAAACCUGGAUUACACCGUCUUGCCCAUUGUGCACUCUUUGUGAUGUAUUACUUUUGUAAAUUAAUUUAGUUCCUAUUUCACAGAGAAAUUGUGCGUCUUGAAGUAUCUCUGCCACCUGUAAUGAGUACACAUAGAUCAUACUAUUCUGCAGACUUUAUAUUUGUAACAUUCCAAUUUUUAGUAAAAUUUCAAGAAUUCUGUAUUGUUCAGUCUGCCAUAGCCUUGUGGCUCUUGCCAUCCAGAUUGGUGAAAUACGCUUACGCUUAAGGGGAAAAAAACCAAAACUCUGAAAGACAUUCACUUGCUGUCCUUAUCUUUCUGAUUUCAGAAAGGCAGUUUGAACAUUCCUCUUGAGACUUUAUAAUCAAAGAGCUCUGUUUGUUAACUUAAAUUUAUCUUUGCAAUGCACGUGCAGUUAAAAAAUGCUGUUUUUUAAACUCUAGCAAAGGAUCUGUUCUCAGGAUGUGCAGGGUUGUAUUCUGAAUUCUGAUGUGGAGGUGUAUGCUAUUAGACUUGCAAAGCCAUUGAUUCUGACAAGAAACAUGUCAGUGCUAGCUGGCACAGCUGUGUCUAGAUUGAAAAAAAAUAUUUUGCAAUUUAGGCAUACAGGAGAAUUUUCAAGUGCAGCCCCGUGUAACAAUGUUUACAUAAAGUAGAGCUAUCAUUUCAACGUUUUUUAAAAUGAAGUUUGGAUUCUUUGAAACAUAAGGCUUCUCUUUUUGUUCUAAUUUAAUUUUUCAGAUUCUCUUCCAUGUUUUAAAUCAACGUUGCCUAUUAGUGUUCUUUAAAGGAAGUUUGUUAUUCUGUUCAAGCUGUUUUGCUUGCUGCUAAAUAUCUGAGAUAAGUAAUAAAUAGAGGUUGGUUUGGUGAGAACUGAAGCGUAUUAGAACACUGCCAGGGUAACUGUGCUCUUCUGUCUUGGAAGUUCAUUUUGUCUAUCUGGAAUCACAGAAGAGGAAAGCUUGAAAUUGAUAGAAGACAGAAAUUCUGAUUUAAUGUACUAAAAGAUCACAGUCAGUCUGAAGAGCUGGUUAUGAAAGGUUUAUUGUUAAUGAGGUGGAAACAAGUUGCAAAUGACUGACAGGCUUAAAAUUCUGUACCUCUUCUCUGCAGUCAGUGUGUUAAAAGCAUUUUGCUGCUACUCUGCUGCUGACAAGCCUUUUUGAGGAAAUGGCAGCAGAGCAUCAUUGAGACUUGGAUUUAAUGCUAAGUAUGUUGAGGGCCGUCUGUCCUCCCUUGCAUUGGUGCACCAGUUUCUGCUCGCUUUCAGCUUGCUGCAUCCCUUUUGUGCCAAGUCACCUUCUUUUGUCUGUGGGAGUACUCCCUUGCUUCUUUUAUCUAGCAACUUUGGAAAUAUAGUAAUACUUGGAACUUGAAAGUAGUCUUAAGAUCUUCCUUGUUACCACUUUGGUGUUGUAUGUAGGGAAUGUCUGAAAAUAAGUGUACGUGUGCACAGACCUGAAGGUGAUAGGCACAGCCACUCAUGUAACUCAUCUUCCAUGUACCUCAUGACAGCUUCUUAGAUUGGCCUUCCUGGACUUCAGCUGUUCUUGAAUAAUGAUAUUAAAAACUUCCAUAUGUGUUAAUUAUUUUUAUGUCCUUUGGCAAACAAGAUAACACUAAUGCAGAGCUUUGGUAUGGAAAUGUAGGUAGUUUUCAAAUGCUCAAGACUAGCAAGAAUUGGAUCCUGUAAGUAUACUGCUCGUGGUGAAGCAAAUUGUAAGAUUAAAUGUGUAAGCAAGUCAUUAAAUAUUCUGAUUUUAGUGAGGGUUGUCAUUUUAGUUUAUGCAUUUCCUUGGAUUAGGCCAAGUGCAUCCUGUGUAUGAUAAAGUAAUGGGAGUAGGUAAUGUCACUUUCUUUUCAGUUUUUCCUUUUUUUCCCCUUAUCUGCUAUCAAAGAAAACAUUCCAGUGGAAUUUCCAAUAAAUUUGUAUCUAACUGUCUUGAGAGAACAACAUUUUUUUUAAAAUAAAAAAAUAAAAAAUUCAGAACAGAAAAAAAACAUGUUAAAUGUUAUGAAGAAAUACUUGAAAUCCUCCAACAAGCACUGAAGUGCAGGUUCCUAGGAUCCUAUUUUCUGUAUGAGGGCACUUCAUGUAGUUUCUCAUGCAGUACCAAAGAAAAUAUUUAAAGAGAAGAUGGAAGGGUAGAACUCGGACAUCAAAAGAAGUCUUUGCAACAGUCAGUAUCUCCUUGGUGUUGGGUUUGUGGGUUGUUUUUUUUUUUUGUUUUUGUUUUUUUAGUAACACUUGCACACUUAGGUGCUCCACUUGUCCAUUACCAUUUAGCUAGGUUUUUGGUCUACUGAAGUCCACUGAGGUUUUCAAGCAUCAAAACUAUUGUGGAGCUGAAAUGUAAUCAUUAAGUAUCCGAUUGAAGAAAUAGAAGAUGUUUUGGGAAAAAAGAAAAAAAAGUAGGUUUUUCGGAUGAGAAGCAAAAGAGAAGUAGUUUGUAAUAAGUGACAAAUAGUAUUUCAUCUGUCCAGUCCAUGGUUUAUACUGUAAAGUUGGGGAGUUUGUUGGAAUUUGCAGGUAGUAUUACUUCUGUGGCUUUUUGAUUUUACUUUUUUAAUAAUCUAGGAUUCUUUAUAAAAACUUGACCUGUAACUAUAGAAAACACCAGAAUCUUUAAGUACAAAGUCAAUUCAGCAGAACUCCUAGCAGUGAGCCAGCUUGUCCUCUGAAUUAUUUUGUGCAUAUAGAGUAUGAAACAAGGAUUGCUAGACCACUGAUGAUUAAUAGACUUCACUCUUUCUGAUGCAUCUUUGACGUUGCCACUUUUUUUAAUUGAAACUGUGUUUCUUGGGGGGGUGGGGGUAGAGAAAAGGCCUUUGGAGUGAUUGUGCAGUUAUCUUGCUUGUUGUAUUGAGAAGAGCAUCCAAAAAAAAAAACCCUCACAGCCCUUGGAGCACUAUGCUGUUGUGAACUCUGAACUUUGCUUAUAGCAGUUUCCUGGAUACUUACUGUUUGUAUCUCGAGCGAGGUGCAGUGAGCAUUAUGUACAUAAUUCAGUGACGUGCAUGUUUUUAAAACCAGUUUGUAAUAAGUGUAAGAACUUCAGAUGAUGAAUGUGGAGGACAGUAACCUGAUGUGUUAGCCCAGUGAUUAUGUAGUUGAAGACAAUGUGCAAGUUGAUAUUGCUGUCUCUUUGAAUCUGGUUUUGUCAAAUAUGAAAAACUUGUCACAUGUGAGUAAGCACAAACUGCAUUGUACAUGUUCCAUAACAUAAUAGGGAUAUAGGAAAAUGAGUUUUCACGCUGAGCAGUUACUUUAAUUUGUCUAUGACAGAGAAAAUAGUAUUAUGUAAUGGCUAGAAGGUAUGCCAGUGAAGUUUAAAGCAAGUAUUGUAAAUAAGUAAAUAUUGUUUGAUUAUAAACUCAGAUUGAAUUAAUAUAUUGUUUUAUAUCUUUGUUGUAUUAAAACAUAUUUAAAAGUACUAAAAUAAAAUAUUUGAAAGAUGGCAAA